AUGCUUAAUAAUCCACUCUCUCCUCCAUUACAAUGCUAAUCCACUUAAAAUGCUUUAGCUGUUCUACCACCUUCUGCUAAUAUUUCAGCAAAAUAGAAAAUUCAUGUUUCAAAUUUGCCUCUUAAUAUUACUGCUCAGCAUUUGUAAUAAGCAUUUUAAUCUUAUGGAAAUAUAAUAGAUAUUCGUAUAAUUAGGAAAACUCCAAAUGGUAAUGAAUUGAUGCUAUUAUAAGGACUUCCAUUAAAUUUAUCAUGUUAUGCAUUUAUUGCAUUUGCCGAUAACGAAUCAGCUGAAAAAGCAAUUUAAGAUGGCGGUUUAGGUGAAUGGAGUAUCAAACCUUAAAUUGAUAAAUAAAUGGUUGUUAAACAAAGGUCUCGAUCAAGAUCAAGAUCAUAAGAGAAACAUAGAUAAGUGCUUAAAAGUGGUUCUAUUAUUCCAUUAGAACAAUCUCCGAAAAUACAAAUUCAGCUAUAUGUUAGAGAAUUAUUUGUGAAUGGCAUAUCAAAGAACUAUGAUGAACCGCAAAUAAGAUAGGUAAUACAAUGUGAAAAUUAUAGAUAUUUUCUUAAUUUGGUUCUAUAGAGAGGAUUGAUCUGUAUNAUCAAUAAAUUUUUUCAAAAUCCAAUUUAUAUUUUGUAAAAAUUGUUAAUUGUAAUUUCAAUUAUAUUUUUGAUAUGAAUAGUACUGUUUAUUCUUUAUUCAAACUUUUUAUUCUUUCAUUGAGAAUAUUUUUAUAUUCCCCUUUCCUGCCUCUUAAUUAUACUACUUAAUGA